AUGAUCAUUGGCACUCUAACUUUCUCCCAUUGUGUAUCAGUACAGGUGAAGAGGAGAGAGAGAAACACAAUGGAGAAAUUUUAUUCUAUCUGGAAGAACACAUUUUGUUAUGGAGAUGGUGAUGAUUUCCACUACAAAAUCACCCAGGGAAGUCAAAAGUUCACAUCAUUCUUGAAUCCCCAAACACCCGCACAGCUAAGGCCACUUACAGUAGUGCUACACGGUCCUGCGGGUGUUGGGAAAACCACACUGGCAAAGAAGGUGAUGCUGGACUGGACACAGGACAACCUCCCAGAGACCCUCGAUUCGGCCUUCUAUCUCAGCUGCAAGGAACUCAACCACAAGGGGGCGUGCACUUUUGCAGAGCUCAUGUCUAAGAACUGGCCAGAUUUGCAGGAAGCUGGCCCAGAGAUCCUAGCCCAGGCACAGAAAGUCCUGAUCAUCAUCGAUGGUUUCGAUGAGCUGAGAGUCCCCUCAGGGUCACUCAUCCAUGACAUUUGUGGUGACUGGAAGAAGCGCAAGCCGGUGCCCGUCCUCCUGGGGAGUUUGCUGAAGAGAAAAAUGUUACCCAAGGCCACUUUGCUGAUCACCACUCGACCGGGGGCCCUGAGAGAGCUCCGGCUCCUGCUGGAACAGCCGCUCCUCAUGGAAAUCGAGGGGCUCCUAGAGCCGGACAGGAGGGAGUAUUUCUUGAAACACUUUCAAGAGGAGGAUCAGGCACUGCGAGCUUUCGACUUGAUGAAGAGCAAUCCAGCUUUGUUCCACAUGGGCUCGGCUCCUGCCGUGUGCUGGGUCGUGUGCACUUGUCUGAAACUGCAGAUGGCGAAGGGAGAAGACCCGGCCCCCACGUGCCAAACCACCACAUCGCUGUUCCUGCGUUUCCUGUGCAGCCAGUUCACACCGGCCCCUGGCAGCUGCCCCAGCCAGCACCUCGUGGCUCCAGUGAAGGCUCUGUGUGCCCUGGCUGCUGAGGGCGUAUGGACGCAGACAUCUGUGUUCGAUGGAGAAGACCUCGGGAGACUCGGGGUGGAGGAGUCUGACCUCCGUCCUUUCCUGGACAAGAACGUCCUCCAGAAGGACAGAGACUGUGGGGGCUGCUACUCCUUCAUCCACCUCAGUGUCCAGCAGUUGUUAGCUGCCAUGUUCUAUCUUCUGGAGAGUGAGGAGGAGGAAGGCGGAGAGAGCCACAGGGGCGAUAUUGGGGACAUACAGAAGUUGCUCUCCAAGGAAGAAAGGCUGAAGAACCCCAACCUGACCCACGUCAUGUACUUCUUAUUCGGCCUCUCCAACGAGAAGAGGGCCAGGGAGCUGGAGAUCACUUUUGGCUGCCGAGUGUCAAUGGGCAUCAAGCAGGAAUUACUGAAAUCCAAGUCCAGUGGGAAUAAACCCUUCUCCUCGAUGAUGGACAUGAAGGAGGUGGUGUACUGUCUUUACGAAUCUCAGGACGAGCAGCUCAUAAAGGAAGCGAUGGUCCACGUGAAGGAAAUGUCUCUGCAUUUGAAAAAUAAAAUGGACAUCAUGUACUCAUCCUUCUGCCUCAAGCACUGUCAAAACUUGCAGAAAAUCUCGCUGCAGGUAGAAAAGGGGAUAUUCCUGGAGAAUGACACUGCGUCAGAAUCUGACACAUGGGUCCAGAGUUCAAACAAGAACCUGAACUUUCUGGAUGUGGAUCAAAGCUUCCUGAGUCACUCUUCCAUGAGGAUUCUUUGUGAGCAGAUUACCCGUGUUACCUGUCAUCUCCAGAAGGUGGUGAUUAAAAAUGUCUCCCCUGCUGAAGCAUAUCAGGACUUCUGUCUGGCUUUCACUGGUAAGAAGACUUUGACGCACCUGACCCUGGAAGGCAGCGUCCACAGUGAGAAGAUGCUGCUGCUGUUGUGUGAGACCCUGAAACACUUGAGAUGUAAUCUGCAUUACUUGAGGUUGGGGUCUUGUUCUGACAUCACUCAGCAGUGGGAUAAUUUCUCCUUGGCCCUUGAAACCAACCAGUCCCUGAAAUGCCUGGACCUCAUAGCCAGUGAGCUCCUGGAUGAAGGUGUCAAGUUGCUGUGCACUACUCUGAGACACCCAAAGUGCUUCCUGCAGAGAUUAUCGUUGGAAAACUGUCACCUUACCGAAGCCUGUUGCAAGGAGCUUUCUUCUGCUUUGAUUGUUACCCAGAGACUGACACACCUGUGCUUGGCCAAGAACAACCUUGGAGAUGGUGGGGUGAAACUUCUGUGUGAAGGCUUGAGUUACCCCGAAUGUCAACUACAGACCCUGGUGUUGUGUCAUUGCAACAUAACCAGACAUGGAUGCAAAUAUAUCUCAAAGCUUCUCCAAAGAGACUCCAGCCUAACACACUUGGACUUGGGUUUCAAUCUCAUAGCUACUGGAUUGUGGUUUCUCUGUGAGGCUUUGAAGAAGCCAAACUGUAACCUAACAUAUCUGGGACUGUGUGGCUGUUCCAUCACGUCUUUCUGUUGCCAGGAUCUUGCAUCUGCUCUCACUAGCAAUUGGAGGCUGGAGACGCUGGACCUGGGUGAGAAUAUCUUGGGGAAGAGUGGAAUAAUAGUGCUCUUUGAGGCUUUAAAACAAAAUAAUGGCCCCUUAAAGACACUCAGGCUGAAGAUGGAUGAAUCUAGUGUGGAAAUCCAGAAGCUGUUGAAAGAAAUGAAAGACAGCAACACCAAACUGACAAUAGAUUGUAAGGAUUCCAGAACAAGCAGAUCCUCAUAUUGCGACUUCCUUUCCUGA